UUUCUUUAAAUAAACAACAACAACAAAAAGGAGAGGGAAAAAUUGCAAUAUUAAUAUUUGAAAUCACUAGUUUAAACAUAAAUAAAAAAUGUAAUAUUUUUCAUUUAAACAAAUUGUGCAUGUGUAUGCAUGCAAUAUAUAGUUCAAUUAAAUUGUUAGUGAUUGAAAAAUAUUUGUAAAUAAAUUGUGGAAAUAGUGGUAACAGAAAAAAAUAUAUAUAAAUUGUUUAAAAAAAUUGCUUUGGAAAUUAUUUUGCAAUUUUUUUUUAAACAAAAAUAAAUUAAAAAUCAUGCAUUGCCUGUGUAGACCAUCACGGAUUAUGUCCGUUCGCAUAAAUUUAUUGGAUGAAACGGAUUUUAUACAUGAAAUCAAGGAUGAUUUACCUGGUCAAGCAUUGCUAGAUGUUGUUUUUGCCAGACUGAAUUUAAUUGAAACAUCAUACUUUGGUAUACGUUAUAUCGAUGAGGAAAAUCAAACGCAUUGGUUGGAUCCAGCCUCACGCAUUUCCCGCCAAUUAAAACCCAAAGCAGAUCCUUAUGAUUUAUAUUUUGGUGUUAAAUUUUAUGCUGCUGAUCCCUGUAAGCUGGUAGAGGAAAUUACUAGGUAUCAAUUGUUUCUACAAGUUAAACAGGAUGUUUUGCAAGGAAGACUGCCGGUUGCAUUUGAACUUGCUGCUGAAUUGGGUGCUUUCGUUGUGCAAUCUGAACUGGGUGAUUAUGACCAAAGACGCCACUCCAAAGGUUAUGUAUCUGAAUUUCGUUUGCUACCGAAUCAGAGUAGUGAACUAGAAACACGGGUCGCUGAAUUACAUCAGCAAUUAAAAGGAAUGUCACCGGCAGCAGCUGAAUUAAAUUACUUGGAUAAAGUGAAAUGGCAUGAUAUGUACGGUGUGGAUUUACAUCCAGUGCUGGGUGAAGAUAGUGUCGAAUAUUUUCUUGGUCUAACGCCAAGUGGUAUCGUAGUGCUGCGUAACAAGACAACAGUGGCUCAUUAUUAUUGGCCUCGCAUAGCCAAAGUUUAUUAUAAAGGACGUUAUUUCAUGCUAAGGAUAAGUGAUAAAAAUAACGAGUUAAGUACUUAUGGCUUUGAAACACCUCGCAAAUCAGCCUGUAAACAUUUAUGGCGCUGCUGUGUUGAGCAUCAUGCAUUUUUUCGUUUAAUGCGUGUGCCACCAACGCUACCAAAUUCUCCCACAAAUACUUCAGAUAUUUUUCAAUUGGGUAGCAGACUGAAAUGCAGCAAAGAAAAAUCAUCAAAAGAUUCUUUAUUUAUUAAUCGUUCACCUCCUGCCUUUGUGCGUGUUCCCUCUAAACGUCAACCACGACGUAUAAUGGAUGAUUUUUUAAAUGGCUGUAAAAAAUCAGAGCAAUUUGGUGGCAGUUCAGCAUUUUUAAAUGCCAAAAAUGCGAGCAACUAUGAGAGUCCCUAUCGUUCAACGUAUAGUAUACCCACUAGUCUUGGCAUUAAUCCCUAUCAUCAGCAGUCACAACAUACAAUGCCGCAUAGUCAAAGUAAUUACAAUAAUAGCAAUGGUGUUGGUGGCAGUCAUAUACAGACACCUGAUUCCCCCCGUAGUACACGUAGCGCUCCAUGGCCGAGGUCACAGCAACGUUCGCUCUUUGGCAAUAAACCGUCCAGUCCACGAUCCGUACGUUCGGCUAGCACAACAGGUGGUGGCGGUGCUAACGGUGUUGAUGGCAGAGGCGGCAGCAGUAAUCAUCACCAUCAUCAUUCGCAACACAAUACGCAUUCGCGUUCUUCACAGCGUGAUCACGUAACAUCAGCCAAUGGCACCACAAACAGUCAACAGCAACAGCGUUAUCGAUCUAGUUCGGUGGAGAGUCAUUCCUCAAAUGAUUCACGUUCCACACGCAGGCAUAAACAUCGUCAUCGUCGUACUUCAGAUAAUGAGAGUGAAUUAUCACGUGGUUCUGGACGAUCGGCACGUUCGCAUCAUCGCAAACAUCGACGUUCACGUCAUCGACGUGAUUCAGCCGGUUCCGAACAUGAGAGUACACGUGGUCGUAGCUAUUCUGGACAUCGUUCAUCGACGGCACGUAGCGCCAGUGCAGUGGGUUCACAUUCGGAAUUAAUUGAUUCCAGUUCGCAGUGGCGUGAAGCUCAGCGAAGGCAACAAGAAGCUAGUUUGGGUCAGAGUUCAGUACAGCAGGCAUCUGUUUCAAAGAGCAGUAUGGUGGCACGUAGUUUGCAUAGCAACGAUUCGCACUCUGAUACUCACUCGCAUCACAAAUCAAGAAGGCACAAAAAGAAUAAAUCCCCCUCCGAUCGUAAUCGUUUAUGGAAUAGUGAACUGGCUAAACAUUUACAAUUUGGUUUGGUAGACACGGCUGGCAUGACGGAAGAUCAAUUACGUGAAAUCCCUUAUACCGUCGUGGAAACCAACUCAAAGCGUUCUAAUUCAAAUAUACGCAUUCACAAGAGCAAUAGCAAAAAUAGUGUUGGCGGCAAAAGUACCGGCUCUGGUAAUACCCUGACCAAUGGUAGUGGUUCUAUCAGUGGUCAUGGUAAAAAUCGUGUCGAUCGCAUAAGAGGCUUAUGUUACCAAAAUUCUAAUCCCAAUGAUAGUAAUGGUGCCAAAAAUGGUUCAAUACGCUCUGCUAGUACAGUUUCGUCGAGGGAAUGUGAUCGUAAUAGCGGUUUGGUGCGUAUGAUGUCUAGUAUGAGUAUGGGAGAUUUUAUUUCCCCUACUGGAUCGAAUUUAAGUCCUAUGGAAAAUUCUGCUUUAAGAGUCUCUCAUGAACACACUGAUUCUGGUUUGGGUGCCGAUCAAGAUUAUGCCUACUCGUCUGAAAGAUCCAGUGACAGUACACGUUAUGGUACUAACAAAUCUUCAGGUGCUUCUAGUGGUAGUCAUCGUAAAUCCUCAAUUACCCAUAGUAAUAUUAUGAAUGGAGUAGGUGGUGGCGGCAGCAAUGGAGGUGGAGUUGGUAAUACCUCGGCUUACAAUAGCCUAAUGCAACAGACUGUGAGUAAUCAAAAUAAACAACACCAAAUACAUCAUCAUCAGCAACAACAACAGCAACACCAUCAUCAAAAUAAUCUUCAUCAUACUCAACAGCAUUCAUUUCAUGGCCAACGACGUCAUGAUAGUAGUACUAGCAAUAACUCCUCUUCACAACCAAAGCAUAAUUAUAAAUACUCUACUAACCUGCUACAGCAACAACAUUCCCAUCUAAACAAUAUACACAAUCAACAUCAUUACCAUCACAAUAAUAACAAUAAUAACAAUAAUAAUAAUAAUCAUCAUCAUCAUCAACUACAGCAACAAACUUCAUCGUCAUCAUCAUCCCAGCCUUCCUCAUGUGCUGCAGCAGUUAACAAUCACACAAUUACGCCCAUGCAGCAACAACAGCAUCAUCAGCAACAGCCACAACAAUCAGCACAAACUCAACAGCAGCAACAACAGCUUUUGGAUAAGGGUGCAGAUAAAUCAAAACCUAGUCAUCGUUUAUUAAAUUAUACAACAUUUGAAAAUAAUCAAUAUAAGUUUAGUCUAAACAAUGUUUUCGGUACGAAAAGUGGCAAUGCUACGCAAGUACGUCCUUUGGCAGCUGGUGGGGGCAGCAAUGGUAGUACAAUUAAUAUAAGUAAUAAUCAUAGUAAUAGUGCUAUUGGUGGUGGUAUCGGUAUUGGUAGUAUGAGUGGUAGUGGUAGUUUUACUAAUAAUCAAAUGGAUCAUUUUCCAGAAUGGCCAAAUACCCCAGCUGCCCCUUACUAUUAUCAAGGACCCUCUACUGUAGCCAUGCAGGCCAAGAAACGUGAUGCUAAAUCGGAUUUAGGUUUUCCCACUAGACGUCUAUCGGGUCAGUGUAUAACAAAGACCCAACUGUUGACGGGAGGUGGUCAUUUGGCACCUCUUAGUGGCAUGGGUUAUUCUAUGUCAGGUUCACAAUAUCCGGGCUACGGCUCGCGUUUACAUCCAGCCAAAUCAGAUUUAUUUUUAGCCUAUCCCACAACUAAUGAAUAUGAGCCACCCUUUAUAUAUAAUUAUAAAAUGCCACAAAUGCCCGAAUUUUUAAGAUCUACUCAACAGCAGGCGCAGCAGCAGCAACAACAACAACAACAGCCUACAGCUUAUCAUAUUUCUGGUUCACAGACAGCUGAUCCCUCCUUACCGCCAAAUGUUUAUAAAACAACUAACAAUAGUACUCCAGCUGCCUAUGGUGGUGCCACCCCUGCCACCGAUGUCAUGUAUUAUCAAUUCGAUAAUACAGCUUGUUCAUCGAAAGCUUCACAACCUAUUGUUCAGCAACCCAAAUCUUUAUAUAAUGCUAAAACAACUUCACAAACAGGACCCACAACAACGGCCUCACCUUCACAUAACAUGGGCCCUCUGGUCUUUUUACAGCAUCAACAGAACGUCAAUGGUUCUACGCCAACAAAUGCUAAUAUUUCGUCAAACGUUGCAACAACAUCAAACAAUUCCAUGCAACAGACUUCUAGCAAUAUAAGCAACAAUACAAUUGGCAAUGAUAGGCAUACACCGACAACAACAAUAACAACUACUACCACCACGAACACGUCUAGCUCGCAGUCACGCUCAACCACCUGCAGUGAAGAUGAUUUGGAGGAAAUCGAUGAAGAACCCAGUCACAAUUUAGACAAUGAAGAUGAUGAGGAUUUAUAUGAUGGUGAGGUGUCCUAUGAUGAGUACGAUGAUGGUUGUCUCAUCAGUCAUGUAAAUAAUAAUGAACAAUUGUCGCUAACAAAGGAUACGAAUGUAAUAGAAGCCUCAAGGACUUCCUCAUUAGCCUCACCAACAAUUAGACAUCUAUCGUCAUUGGCUCAUCAUAUUAAUUUAGAUAAUUCGAAUGUCAAUAAUAACAAUAAUCAACAGCAACAGGAACCAGAACAAGACCGACAACAUCAACAGCAACAGCAACAAAAUUUAUUAUCCCCUAAUGCUAAUACGAAUUUGAAAUCAAUAACAAAUUCUUUAACCCCUAGCAACAAUAGCAACCCAUCGACCAUCAGCAACCAUUCAUUGCAUACAAAUAAACCAGUUAUAACAACACAACCCACAAGCCCAACCCUGGUCAAAACCUCAAAUUGUAAUAAUACUUGCAGUAAUAGUGGUAGUAGUCAUAACAUGCAACAAAAUUCUCAUCAUAAUCAUUUGCAACAACAACAACAGCAACUAAAUCAUAAUAAUUCUUCCCUACAGCAAAUUGAAAACUUACCUCCCAAUACGAAUACAAAUUCAAAUUUCAAUUUAAAUUCUACCCAUACCUCAGCACCUUACACCAAUUCUCCCCUUACGUAUACUUCCUUUAACAUAAAUAAUACCAGUAUCACUAAUACCCAAACACAAGCAAAUAUUGCUGCAACUGCAGCAACAGCAUUACAACAGUCAUCAACAACAACAACAAUAUCAUGCACUGCAAUAGCAACAACUGCAACUACAACAUUAUCGUCAUCACCACUACAUUCAACUACUCGUAGUAUUCAAAAUCAGUUACAAAAUCAAAAUCAAAAUAUUUCCUCCAGUUUAGAGAUAAUCCUUUCACCAAUUAUCCAAAGUAGUAGACGCAGAGCACAAUCGUAGGUGAAAUGAGUACGGAAUUGUGAGAAUUAAUGAAAUUUAAUUUGCAACAGCAGCAACAAAUACCGGCACAACAAUUAGUGUUGCCACCACCUAAACCGCCACCUCUACUACACUACAACGUCAACCAAAUGCCCCUACA